AUGGAGAGGUGGCACAGGGUGUUCGAGCAGGCCAGUUUCGGGGUCGCCUUCUCUGGCUGGAUUUUUGCCAUCUUCACCAGGACCCUGCCUGUGUGGAUCGUGACUGGAGCUGUUGACAAUACAACAGAUACUUUGUCUCUGUACUGGGAUGGAAUCUGGUUGAACUGGCAAGAACCAAGGAUAGGAGACUUGCACUGCCACUUCUAUCAGUCGCUUUUGUCCCUGGCUGGACACUUUAACUCCUGGAAAGUGUCUGUUAAUGUUUUGAUUGGAGUGGGAGUCAUUCCCAUAGUGCUCUACAUAGUGGCCGUGACCAUGUUCCCUCAGAAGGUGCGAAUCAAGGCAGCAGCUGGAUUUGUUUUUGUUUUAUCCGGGCUGCUGAUGCUGGUGAUUGUGAGCUGGAUCACUCAUGCCACAAACAGUGAUUUGGACACAUCCAUUCCUUUGAAAAGGGACUGGGGGACAGCUUUAUAUUCCGGGUGGGUUGGAAUGGUGUUGCUUCUGAUUGGAGGAGGAGUGCUGAGUACUUCGUGGUUUAAAGCACCUCCAGAGCCAGAGGAACAAAUAAGAACGACACAAGAAGCAGCAAUGCCAGAAGCAGAGGAUCCGCUCUUUGCAAGGCAUCAUGCUGCAUUCUUUCCAAGUCCAUACAGGCAAACCACAAGACCUAUUUGA